CUCCUUUCUCCCUCUCAGAACCUUCCUGCCGCCGCGUUCGGACCUCGCUGCUUCAGCCUCCGGGUCCCGUUCCAUCUUUCCACCCUGCGACUAGCCGCAGAGAAAAACUAAUUCCAUAUUAUUUUUUUGCCCCAUACACACUUUGAGGCGAGCAAAAAGAUUAGAAUAAAUUUUAACAAUGAGGGAAAUCGUGCACAUCCAGGCCGGUCAGUGUGGCAAUCAGAUCGGUGCCAAGUUCUGGGAGGUGAUCAGUGAUGAACAUGGCAUCGACCCCACCGGCACCUAUCAUGGGGACAGCGACCUACAACUGGACCGCAUUUCCGUGUACUACAAUGAAGCCACAGGUGGCAAAUAUGUCCCUCGUGCUAUCUUGGUGGAUCUAGAACCCGGAACCAUGGACUCUGUUCGCUCAGGUCCUUUUGGUCAGAUCUUCAGACCAGACAACUUUGUUUUUGGUCAGUCCGGUGCAGGCAACAACUGGGCCAAGGGCCACUAUACAGAGGGAGCCGAGCUGGUUGACUCGGUCCUGGAUGUGGUUCGGAAGGAGGCCGAGAGCUGUGACUGCCUGCAGGGCUUCCAGCUGACCCACUCGCUGGGUGGGGGCACCGGCUCCGGAAUGGGCACCUUGCUCAUCAGCAAGAUCCGUGAAGAGUAUCCUGACCGCAUCAUGAACACCUUCAGCGUGGUGCCCUCACCCAAAGUUUCCGACACUGUGGUUGAGCCCUACAACGCCACCCUCUCUGUCCAUCAGCUGGUGGAGAACACUGAUGAAACCUACUGCAUUGACAACGAGGCCCUUUACGACAUAUGUUUCCGCACCCUCAAGCUGACCACACCAACCUACGGAGACCUGAACCACCUCGUCUCGGCCACCAUGAGUGGAGUCACCACUUGCCUCCGCUUCCCUGGCCAGCUCAACGCUGACCUCCGCAAGCUGGCCGUCAACAUGGUGCCCUUCCCACGCCUCCACUUCUUCAUGCCUGGCUUUGCCCCUCUAACCAGCCGUGGCAGCCAGCAGUAUCGGGCCCUCACUGUCCCUGAGCUCACCCAGCAGGUCUUCGAUGCCAAGAACAUGAUGGCUGCCUGUGACCCCCGCCAUGGCCGGUACCUCACCGUGGCUGCUGUGUUCCGUGGGCGGAUGUCCAUGAAGGAGGUAGAUGAGCAGAUGCUCAACGUGCAGAAUAAGAACAGCAGCUACUUCGUGGAAUGGAUCCCCAACAACGUCAAGACAGCUGUUUGCGACAUCCCACCCCGUGGUCUGAAGAUGGCAGUCACCUUCAUUGGCAACAGCACGGCCAUCCAGGAGCUGUUCAAGCGCAUCUCAGAGCAGUUCACGGCCAUGUUCCGCCGGAAGGCUUUCCUCCACUGGUACACAGGUGAGGGCAUGGACGAGAUGGAGUUCACCGAGGCUGAGAGCAACAUGAACGACCUCGUCUCCGAGUACCAGCAGUACCAGGAUGCCACCGCAGAAGAGGAAGAGGAUUUCGGUGAGGAGGCCGAAGAGGAGGCCUAAGGCCAAGUCCCUAUCACCUUAGGCUUCUCAAUCCCCUCAGCCUUCUUCCUCAACGACCCCUUUCCUCUCCCUCAGAAUUUGCAUUUUCUGCAUCUAUCUUGUUUUUCUUUUUUGGGGGGGAUUCUAGAACAGUGCCUGGCACAUAAUAGGCGCUCAAUAAAUAUUUGUUGUUUGUUGAA